AGAUUAGCAUGACAUCAUCAUUUUGUAGGUUAGGUUAUUUUAAGAAUAAAUUUGAUAUAAUUUAAUAAAAUCAAAAAAUGUUUAAAAAAAGCAACGCACCACAGAAGAGGACAUUGUCCUUAACGACUGAUCAAAUUAAAGAAGACAUAGAGGCAGUGUGGCCGCACGACGAGCAACGGAACAUGUUAUAUUAUUGUUUAGACGAGAAGCCUCCUGUCGAGUAUAAACUUUCGAAAAUGGAAGAGUUCCUAACAGGUUCCAAUAAUUUAGAAAGCGUUCAAGAAUCUCUGAAAGAUUUAGUCAAGGAAGUAGAAAAAUUAACCAAUGAAAUCAGUGAUAACCUCACGGGCAUUAAAAAGAAAAUCGAAGACCACAAAUCGAGAACAGAUACACCCUAAUCUUAAUAAAAUUUAUUUUUUUAA